AUGUCAAAUAGUAAAUCAUUAAGGAGAAAGCCACCACCAAUCGAUACAGAAUUUAAUAAUAAUAAUAAUACUGCAAAUAUUACAACAAAUAAUACCAAUAACAAUUCAUCAAUUAUUAGUGAAUUGGAGAAUCUACAUAGAAAGUCAUAUUCAAGUUUAAAUAAUCAAAAACGACUAUCACAAUUUGAUCCAAAUUCAAAUUCAAAUUCACAACAGUAUAAAGAACUUCCGCAUAUUCCUAACGAUAAUAAUAAUGAUUCACAAUUUAUAGAGCCAACAAUCACAACACCGAUUAAAUAUAUAUAUACUAAUGAAACUAAUGAUAUAUUAUUUGAUGAAUCUUUCACAUCAUUUGAUUCACCAAAACCAAAAGGACCAAAAGAUUUAUGGGAAUAUGAUCAAUCACCUCAAUUUCCAUCAAAUUUUAUAACAACUCCAACUCAUACAAAUAUUCAUAUAAAUAGAAUACUACCUAAAAGAAGUUAUCAACAAAUUUCAAGAUCAAAAUCUAAUACUAAUAAUAAUGAAAUUUUCACUACUGGACAUGUAAAUCAUAAUUCUGAUGACGAAGAUUUCAAUACUGAUAAUGUUGUAAAUAAUAACAACAAAAACCCACCUUAUCCAACUAAAGGAAUAGAAGAUUACAUUGAUGAAGAUUUACCACCAGAUAUGAUAUUUGAAGUUGAUUCACCAUCACAAAGAAGAACAAGAGCUAUAAUUAACCAAUCUAUAAAUACUGCAUCUCCAAAAAUCAAUGAUGUACCAAAUUUAAGUACAAGAAGUUCAUUAUCUACAAUAUAUGGUCAACAUUAUCAGAAAAAUCAACAAGUAGAAGAGUCUUCACCAUUACUGAAUAAUUCACCACCUAGAUCACCAUAUGAUGAAUAUUUUCCAAGAAGAAAAUCAUCUAUUCGUUCAUUACCAAAUUAUCCAGAGGAAGAUCCUUAUAGUAGAUCACCAUCACCUAAAAGAUCGAUGCAUAGUAAGAAAAAUUCAAUCAAUGGGUAUAAUACUUAUAAUAAUUAUGAUGAUUCAGUAGUUGAACAAAUUUAUGUACAAUCACCGGAAGAAUAUACUCCACAACAUUAUCAAUUUAAUACAAGACCUUCAUAUAGAGUAGUUUCAGAUAAUCCAUUUUAUGAUGAAGAAGAAAAUCAAAAUUAUGAAUUUGAAUCACCAGCAACUGAUUAUUUUGAUUAUUCUAUUUUACCAGAAUUACCACCAAGUAGAGAUGCUUCAACUGCUGCAACUUCAGUAUCUACUGGUCCUCCAUUACCUAAAAAAUUACAAGAACUACCUCCAUUACCAUUAGAUUUACCAGAUUUACCUUUUAAUACUUCAUCAUUACAAGCACAACAUUUUGAAACUUGUAGAGAUAUAUGGUCAUUAUCAAAAUUAUUUAAAUGGUGUUGUAAAUUACAGAUUUGGUUAAAAGGUUCAUCAGUUUCAAAACAAGAAUUGAAAAAGGCAAUUAUAAGAUUAAUUGCAUUUCAUAGAAGUGAUAUCUCAUUAGAUGUAUUAACAAGAAAUUCACAAGCUGUAUUUGAUUCUUUUUCAUUUAAUCAAGCUAUUGAAGUUGUUGAAUUACUGAAACCUAACAUAAAUGGUGAUAGAUCAGUUGUUCUUUUCAAUGAAGAUGUUUAUGUUAGUGGUGUAUUACCAGGUUUAACUGAAUGUUAUUCUCCAAUACCUCAUACAAAGGAAGAAGAAAGUUCAAUGACUUGUUAUUCCACAAUGUGCCAUUUUAGUAGAAUGAUGAAUCUUGAGAGAAAAAUGAGAACAAUGAACAUUAAAGAAAUUGUUUUGGGCAAUGAUUGGGCUGCUCAUUGGAGAUUAACAAUUGAUGAUUUACGAGAUUUAAAUCCUGCUUUAAUUAAAAGGCAGUCAUUAAUAUUUGAUUUAUUGAGGUAUGAACAAACUUUUAUACAAAGAGCUAAAUGUUUUGUUGAAAUUGUUGGACCAGAAUUUGUAAAAGCAGCAAGAAAUUAUUUAGGAUCAAACAGUUCCAAAAUAAAAUCAUUUGAAGAAGAUGUUUUGAAAACUAGUAAAAAAAUAUUGGCUAUUCAUCAAGAACAAUUAUUUGAACCACUACUUAAAAUAUUAAUAUCAGAAGGUAAAUUUAUCAAAAAUGUAAUUGAAAUAGUAAGUAUUUAUACAGAUUGGGCAAAAGAAGUAAGACCACAUUUAGUUAAAUAUAUGAAUAAUAUGCCAAUGAUUGAAGAUUUGUUAAGUUUACCAAAUUUAAAAUCUUAUAUUGAUAAUAAAAUAGGUCAAUUACCAAAAGUUAAAGAAUUAAAAGUUAAUGUACCAAUUUUAUUUAUAAGUACUUUUAAUUCAAGGUAUCAACAAAUUCCACUACAAAUAAUGGAUAUUCAAAAAAAAUAUGAAGAAAAUGAACCAGAAUAUUUCUUAUUAAAGCAAGCAAGUGAUGAAAUUAAAAAAUUGGGAUCUAAAAUUAAUGAUUCUAAAAAAUUAGCUGAUAAUGUUCAUGCAAUUGAACAAUUAAAAACUCAAUUACUGUGGAAAUCAAGUCUAAGACAAACAAAUUUAAAUUUAAAUUCAAUGAAUAGAAAAUUUAUAUGUCGUGGUGAUUUAACAAGAAGAACUGACUUAAAAUUUACAACUCAAAUAAAUCAUUUGAUAUUAUUAGAUAAUUUUAUUAUAAUUACGGAAAGAUUGAAAAAUUCAAAACCAAAUGGGGCAUUAUACAAGAUAAGUGAUUACCCCAUCCCUAUAGAUUUUUUAAUGUUUGAAGAAAAAAUUGUUAAUUUUUCAUCAUCUAUAAAAUUAUCAUCAUCACCAAUUACCAAAAAUUCAAGAAAAUCUUUGGAUGAUGUAGAAGAAGAUAUUCAAUAUUCUAUAAAAUUAAGAUAUGCUGGGAAAUCAAGACAUUCAUAUACUUUUACAUGUAAAACUGAACGUGAAAAAAAUGAUUGGAUUAAUUAUUUAACAACUGCUAAAUCAAAUAUGAAUAAAAGAUUAUUUAAUAAUUUAGCUUUUAAACCUAAAAUAAUAUCAACUACAUGUUUUGCAUAUGAACAAAAUAAUAAAAUUACUAAAUUACAAAUUGUAACUCCAUUUGAUCCAAUUUAUGAUAUUUGUCAAGACUCACUAAGAAAAUUUUCAAGUUUAGGUUUUACAAAUGAUAUAUAUAAUACAAAUAAUCCAAGAAAUAGAAUGGUUUUUAGUGCAAUUCAAAGUUGUUUUACUUUUGAAUACAAGGAUUUAUUUUUCACAUUUAUUGGAUUACAUUCAGGAUUAUAUUGUUGUGAAUCAAAAUCAAGGUGGAAAAAAUUAUUAAAUGGUUCAGAUUUUAGUAAAAUUCAUGUUGAUACAACUAUUGGAAUUGUUUUAAUAUUAAAUGAUAAAAUUUUAAAAUAUUAUUUUUUAAAUCAACUAAUUGAUAUUUAUUUUGGAUUAAAAACUAAUAUUAUUGGAAUAUCAUUAUCUAAAGAUCCUAUAUUAUUUUUUGUUAUGAAAAUUCAUAAAAAUAUACCAAUGUUAUUUAUAGCAAAACGUAAAAAUAAUGUUACAAAUAUUAAAAUUUUAAUACCAGAAACUGAUAAUAAUGGAAUUUUUAAUAGAUUUAAAGAUGAUAAAAAAUUUUAUAUUGAAGCUGAUUGUUAUGGAAUAUCUAUUUUUAACUCAUCUUUUGCUGUUCAUACAGAUAAAGGAUUUGAAAUUAUGGAAUUAGAUAAAUUAAUUCCAAGAUCAGUACCUGAUUUACCAAUGAUUGAAACUGAAAAAAAGAAAAUUGAUCAAUUUUCAAGAAAAACAAAUACAAAUAAUACUAAUACAAUUGAAACUAUUAAAAAACUUGUAUCUUCAAUUAAUGUUCAACCUUUAGGUAUGUUCAAACUAAACAAUAAUAAUGAAUUUAUUUUAAUGUAUUCAGAAUUUGCUAUAUUUAUCAACAAGCAAGGUAAAUUAUCAAGAACAACUUUAUUAAAAUUUGAUUUUAAAUGUAAUAAAAUAAAAUUUAAAAAUAACUACUUGUUUUUAUUUCAUUCAGAUAUUAUUGAAAUAUUAUCAAUUAGUGAUAUACCUAGUGGAUCAAAUAAAUUAAUUCAAUGUAUAUUAGGUAAAGAUAUUAAAUUAGUUUCUAAUGAUGAAAAUGAUCAAGUUGUUGUUGCUAUGGCUAAUCCAUUAAUUCCUGGUUUACAAUUAUUGUUUAAUCUUUAA